AUGUUUGUAGAGUCGUUUCUAACGUUGCGAAGGCGACACGCGGGAGUAGAGGGGGAGGGAGAGGAAAUAGGGACAAGUUCAGGGUUGAUGGGGUCUCAAGCGGUGGCUGAGGGAGACGAUGAUGGGGAAGCGACACCUUGGCCUUGCGCCAUGACAAGCAUUCGCGUCCCCACCACUCUCAUUCUACGUGUAUUGACACUGAGGGAAGAAGAGAGGGAGGCUGAAGAGGAGGGGAGUACCGUCAUCACUCGGAUAUAA